AUGGUCUGUAAUUACGAGUACGGCAGCUGCCAAUUCCCAUUAUCUGCUGGAAGGGCAGGGUCCAGUGAGGCUGUGACCGCUAUCAAGAUUGCCGACCACCAUUCCGUUGCCAAGGAGGCCAGUGUAGUCUCCCUUGGUCUUCAGCAAGUCGCCGAUCUGGACGAAACCAGAGGGCGUCGUGACUCUGAGUAG